AUGUGGAUGUGCUGUUGUCCUCGAGACAGACGCUUCAAUUCAGUCGAUAGAGGAAGGAGGGAACCUGGCCAAAUCCCACGAUCUGGGGAUGUGGCGAAGUCGUGGCAGUGGCUCUUUAUUGUCGACGGGAUCAUUUCGUUGCCGGUGGCCAUUUCCGGCUUCUUCCUGCUGCCGGACGUGCCGGAGAUCACGCGGGCAUGGUACUUCACGGCGGCGGAGCGCGAGUAUGGCAAGAAACGGAUGGAUUUGGAAGGGCGGGCGCGACGGGCACCGUACACGCGGGCCAAAGUGCGGAAGAUCCUAUCGUCGUGGAAGAUCUACGCCCUGACGGUGCUGUACAUCACCUUCAACAACGCCGGGUCGGGCGUAGGCCAGCCGACGUUCGCGCAGUAUCUCAAGGCCUCGAAGCAUCCGCGCUACACCGUCUCGCAGAUCAACACGUACCCGACAACGACAUAUGCGGUGCAGGUGGUCAGCACGCUGAUCUACGCCUGGACGUCCGACACCGUCUUCCGCGGCGCGCGCUGGCCGCCCAUCGUGUUUAGCGGCAUAGUUUCCAUCGUGUGCUACGCCAGUCUUGCCGUGUGGAACAUCCCCGUCGGCUGGCACUGGGCCUGCUACAUCCUGGCCGGCUGUGGCGGCGGCUUAAGCGGGCUCUGCAUGGCCUGGGCGCACGAGAUCUGCUCCGACGACAACGAAGAGCGCGCCCUGGUCACCGGCGCCAUGAACGAGUUCGCCUACGUCUUCCAGGCCUGGCUGCCCCUCGUGGUUUGGCAGCAGAUCGAUGCCCCUGAGUACCACAAAGGCUUCGUCACCUCGGCCUGUCUGGCUGCCGCCAUGAUCCUCACCUCCUUCGUCAUCCGGUUCUUGUGGAAGAGAGAGCAGGCAAUCAUCCGCCGCCGCAAAGAACUCGACCAGCAAGCCUGA